UAUGCGGGAUGGAAAGCGUAUUAUGGCACAGACACAAGGCUUUGGGAGAAAGUACGUUAAAGCCUUUCUGAAAGGUUUCCUUGUUGCUGUUCCCGUGACAGUAACGUUCCUCGAUAGAGUGGCUUGCAUAGCACGAGUAGAAGGUGCUUCAAUGCAGCCUUCUUUGAAUCCAGGAGGAAGACAGGUAUCCGAUGUAGUGCUUUUAAACCAUUGGAGUAUUAGAAACUACGAAGUGCAGCGUGGAGACAUAGUUUCGCUCGUCUUUCACCCCAUUCCUGAUGAUCCCUGCUACCUUCCACAGUGGUCUUUGAAGGGAAGUGCUCCAGCGAAGAAGGCACGGGGAAGUUGACUUGUACUCACACCAUGGUACAAGCCUAAGUGUAGAUACAACCCAAUCUUUGUGAUGGAUAGACUCAUUGGAAUGUCUUUUCCUUGGAAAAGCUAUUUAAAUAUGUUAUUUAAAUCUGCCCUAUACCUGCAGAUUGCUCGGUGACUUUUUCCUUCUGUGCUCCCACCCCGUCUAUUUAUUUCUUAGAACUUUAGAACUACUGGCCGUUAUCAAACCAAGCUAUUUACCAAUUUGUAAAAUAAAGGUUAAAUGAGAAAUUACACCUAAUUGCUUGUUAGCAUGACUGCCAUUUUGAAACACAGAUUUGAGGGUGUGCCUAUGCUUUAAUUUCUCAUAUGCUAAUCAGCUCUCGUUUCUGGGGAGAAAACAUUUUAAAAUGUCUCUUGCAAUUUUAGCCAGAUUCAAUGCUCUUUUCUCUUAUAUUUUCCUAGCCUGGGAAUGGGGGUACUGAGAUCUUGGGUAAUAGUAGAAAACUCAUUGCAAAUAUCCCCUCUGACACAGCAAUCAUGAUUAGUAUGUAGAAACACUUUUUUCUGGUUUGUGUCUGUGUAUGCUAAAGUUAGUGCAAGCAGGGAAACUCAUAGGUUGAAACAUGAUGUCUGACAUAGGUUGAAACAUGAUGUCUGAUCUCUAACAACAUUGAUCACCUGCUUUCUUGAGAUUGCAGUGGGAUGUAGCAUGAAAUAUUGAAUCUUUAGAUCAAGUGUUUAACCUUUUGGGAUUAAAAAAGCUGCAUAUGUAGCACUGUGCAAGCACAAUCACACAAUUUUAUUAUUGAUGCAAGAGUGCUUUUGCACAACAGUGGUGGCAUUGCUUCAGAUGCCCACAACAGCACCGAAGGUGUAGAACUGCCUGUGGAACUGCCUGUUUAUAGACAUCACAUAAAAGGUAUAAAAGAAAUGCUCUCAACUACCUACAAGGAGACUUGUGAUUUUAUUCAUUAUGUUCAUGCUAUGCCCAGUUUUUAAAAAUGGAUUAGAUUUUUUAAAAGGGUGAGCAGACGCUGGUAUAAUAGCACUUCCCAUAGUGCAUGCUGAAUUAUGAGAGUGGCUUCUGGUUAUAUGUUACCCAGGAGGAUUGUUUAAUGUGCUCAGUUAUAUAGAUCUGCAAACUUUUAGCAGUGGCCUGAUAUACAUAUUGGGCUAUAAAUCCACUGCUGAUAAAUCACUUUCUAGGCAAACAUCUUUGAGUGAUCAGAUUAAGGGCAAGUAUUGAUUUUCAAUUUUAGAAAUGAAAUACAUUUGAUAUGAGAUAUAGUAUGUAAAAGGAGACAAAACUUUUAUGAACCUAUGAGAAAUAUAUGCUUCCAACAUCCAUUCUGCAAGGGGGCAUAGGUGAUCUGCAGAGGAGCUUGAAUAAUUAUUCGUGGCCAGAUAUGCCAAGGCGCUCCACCAGUUAAAGUCUCAAUAUAGCACCCCAUACAUGCAGAUUUCUCAGUGACUUUUUCCUUCUGUCCCCCCACCCCAUUUAUAAACAGAAAUUGCUCAAAUAAAAUAUUGUUGGGUGUAAGUUUUUUUUAAACGUAGAACUUGAAAAAGUAUGGGCUGCACCAUCUAAUGUUGAUAUGAAUAAUAUUCAGGGGUAAGGGCCACUGAUGAGAAACAAAUAAAUGUUUCUUUUCUUAGUUUGCUGAUUUUAUUUUAUUGAAGGACACUUCUCCCUAUAAUUUUUAUAAUAGUUUCAGUGCCAAUACAAAAUAUCAGUCAAAUAUUAAAGGAACUUGCAGAAUUCUAAGGGUCCUCUCUCAUUGCUAUGCACGUUUCGUUCCCUUUAGUCAAUGGCAAAAUAGAAAUUUAGAAAAGGAGACUGAGAUAAGAAAUAUUAAAAUAAGGACACAAUCCACAUUUAAUGUUUUACUAUGUUGCAGCUUGAAUGAAAUAUUGGUGUUAUUGGGAACUUUAGUGAAGAUAAAAGCAUUCUUUCUUAAAAACAUUUUUAGUGUACUCUGGUAUCUCCUUAGAAACUAUCUUAAGGCCAAACCACAUAUUAUAUUGAUCAUACAGUUGGGCCUUGCAUUAAAAAAAAUAAAAAAAAAGUCAGUUUGGAAGAUGAACACCAAGAAAGGGUGGAAGGAGGCUUUCCCUUCUCCAUGAUCCCCAUCUAGUUCCCAAUCCUUGUGGUUGAUUUUUAAUAAUAACAACAACGCAUGCAAGUUCCAGAUUAAAUGCUGAAUGUAAUGCUGUUUGGUUCUUAGAACAGAAAUUCUCUCCUGUGGCAGAAUGAUGUAUGUUUCCUGUAAGAUGUUGCCUACUACCUGAGUUGUUUGUCUUGUAGUAAAACAUUAAUUUAACAACA